ACUCGUAUUUGUCAUUCUCACGCCGCGAUGUAACGAGUCUUUCGUCGAAUGAGAGAAUAGUUAUCUUUAAAAGAAAUAUCAAAUAUACGUUUAUACUUUAUACCUUUCGUAAAGAAAACUUCUCUAGUGUUUUUUCCAGUUGUAGACGAAGUUUCCGAUAACCUAAAACAUAACGCAAUGGCAGCGAUACAUCGGGAAGCGAUCCAGAAACAAAUACAACAGGAUUGGGCAAAUCGGGAAUAUAUAGAGGUCAUCACCGGCAAUAUUAAAAAAAUUACAGAUUUUCUUAAUUCUUUCGACAUGUCCUGUAGAUCGCGAAUAGCUGUCCUAAAUGAGAAACUUACGACGCUCGAGCGUAGGAUCGAGUAUCUCGAAGCUUGCGUAACGAAAGGAGAAACGUUAACAUAAACUGCAGUAACAAGCCAUCGUCGACAUCUUUAUUAUGGAUCUCACGCGGUGUACAUUUAUGCGUGGAGGAAUUACAGCAUUUUACUACUUCGAAUGUAUCCCAUAAACGUUACUUCGAGCUGACCUUAUAGACCAGUCAAACGAUAUUAUUGUAAUCCAAUAAUUUUUCAUUGUACAUAUAAGGAAUAAAUUAAUACGGUUUCUCGUAUCUUA